GCGCCCGGCCCGCCUGGGUAACGAGCUGCCUGCCUUCUCUCGCAGACUCCAGAGCGGCGCCCUCCUCCCGCCGGUGCCAGAACCGGGCCAUGGGGGGCAGCAUGCCCGCGCGCGCCGCCUGAGGACGCCGUAACCCACGCGCCCGCGAUGGGCGCCCCGGCUUGCGCCCUCGCGCUCUGCGUGACUGUGGCGGUCGUGACCGGCGCCAGCUCGGGACCCCCGGGCAUGGAGCAGCGCGUCAUGCGGAGAGCGGCAGAGGGACCUGAAUCUGGCCAGCAGGAGCAGUUGGUCUUUGGCAGUGGGGACACUGUGGAGCUGAGCUGCCACUUGCCUGCGGGUGGUCCCAUGGGACCCACCGUCUGGGUCAAGGAUGGUGUGGGGCUGAUGCCAUCGGACCGCAUCCUGGUGGGGCCUCAGCGGCUGCAGGUGCUAAAUGCCUCCCAUGAGGACGCCGGGGCCUACAGCUGCCAGCAGCGGCUCACCCAGCAUGUCCUGUGCCACUUCAGCGUGCGCGUGACAGAUGCUCCGUCCUCGGGAGAUGACGAAGAUGGGGAGGACGAGGCCGAAGACACAGCAGGGGCCCCUUACUGGACGCGGCCAGAGCGGAUGGACAAGAAGCUGCUGGCUGUGCCAGCUGCCAACACUGUUCGCUUCCGCUGUCCGGCUGCUGGCAACCCCACUCCGUCCAUCUCCUGGCUGAAGAAUGGCAAGGAGUUCCGUGGCGAGCAUCGCAUUGGGGGCAUCAAGCUGCGGCACCAGCAGUGGAGCCUGGUCAUGGAGAGUGUGGUGCCCUCUGACCGCGGCAACUACACGUGUGUUGUGGAGAACAAGUUUGGCAGCAUCCAGCAGACAUACACUCUGGACGUGCUGGAGCGCUCCCCGCACCGGCCCAUCCUGCAGGCGGGGCUGCCAGCCAACCAGACGGCAGUGCUGGGCAGUGACGUGGAGUUCCACUGCAAGGUGUACAGUGAUGCGCAGCCCCACAUCCAGUGGCUGAAGCACGUGGAGGUGAACGGCAGCAAAGUGGGACCCGAUGGCACACCCUACGUCACCGUGCUCAAGUCCUGGAUCAGUGAGAGUGUGGAGGCCGACGCGCGCCUCCGCCUGGCCAAUGUGUCUGCGCGCGACGGGGGCGAGUACCUCUGUCGAGCCUCCAAUUUCAUAGGCGUGGCUGAGAAGGCCUUUUGGCUGCGUGUUCACGGGCCCCAAGCAGCCGAGGAGGAGCUGGUGGAGGCUGGUGAGGCCGGCAGCGUGUAUGCAGGUGUCCUCAGCUACGGGGUGGGCUUCCUCCUCUUCAUUCUGGUGGUGGCCGCCGUGACGCUCUGCCGCCUGCGCAGCCCCCCCAAGAAAGGCCUGGGCUCGCCCACCGUGCACAAGGUCUCCCGCUUCCCGCUCAAGCGACAGGUAACAGUGUCCUUGGAGUCCAACUCGUCCAUGAACUCGAACACGCCCCUGGUGCGGAUCGCCCGGCUGUCCUCGGGGGAGGGCCCCGUGCUGGCCAAUGUCUCUGAGCUCGAGCUGCCCGCCGACCCCAAGUGGGAGCUGUCCCGGGCCCGGCUGACCCUGGGCAAGCCUCUCGGGGAGGGCUGCUUUGGCCAGGUGGUCAUGGCAGAGGCCAUUGGCAUUGACAAGGACCGGGCUGCCAAGCCCGUCACCGUGGCUGUGAAGAUGCUGAAAGACGAUGCCACAGACAAAGACCUGUCGGACCUGGUGUCCGAGAUGGAGAUGAUGAAGAUGAUCGGCAAGCACAAGAACAUCAUCAACCUGCUGGGGGCCUGCACACAGGGCGGGCCCCUGUACGUGCUGGUGGAGUAUGCGGCCAAGGGCAACCUGAGGGAGUACCUGCGGGCGAGGAGGCCCCCGGGCAUGGACUACUCCUUUGACACUUGCAAGCUGCCGGAGGAGCAGCUCACCUUCAAGGACCUGGUGUCUUGCGCCUACCAGGUGGCCCGGGGCAUGGAGUACCUGGCCUCACAGAAGUGCAUCCACAGGGACCUGGCGGCCCGCAACGUGCUGGUGACUGAGGACAAUGUGAUGAAGAUCGCGGACUUUGGCCUGGCCCGAGACGUGCACAACCUUGACUACUACAAAAAGACCACCAACGGUCGGCUGCCUGUGAAGUGGAUGGCACCCGAGGCCUUAUUUGACCGAGUCUACACCCACCAGAGCGACGUCUGGUCCUUUGGGGUCCUGCUCUGGGAGAUCUUCACACUGGGGGGCUCGCCGUACCCUGGCAUCCCAGUGGAGGAGCUCUUCAAGCUGCUGAAGGAAGGCCACCGCAUGGACAAGCCGGCCAACUGCACACACGACCUGUACAUGAUCAUGCGGGAGUGCUGGCACGCUGUGCCCUCCCAGAGGCCCACCUUCAAGCAGCUGGUGGAGGACCUGGACCGCAUUCUCACUGUGACGUCCACCGACGAGUACCUGGACCUGUCGGUGCCUUUCGAGCAGUACUCGCCGGGCAGCCAGGACACCCCCAGCUCCAGCUCCUCGGGGGACGACUCUGUGUUUGCCCACGACCUGCUGCCCCCAGCCCCACCCAGCAGCGGGGGCCCGCGGACAUGAAGGGCCACAGGCCUGGGGGCUGAGCCCCCACCAAUGUGAGAGCGGGCCCCCGCCCAGCAUGCUGCUGCUGUUGGUGUGCCGCUGACCCCUGGGGCCCACGGGUCCAGGCCCGAGACCUGGGACGGAUGGACGGAUGGACGGACAACUUCACAUCUGUGUGUGCGUGUGCUUGUAUGUGAGAGUCUUGAAACCUCCCCCCCCUGCCCUGGUGCAGGGUUGCCCACCCUGCUGUACAGUGACCUCCUGGCCACCUGUGCAGGCAGCGCCAGGGGACUGAAUGUAGAAUGUAAAGGGGCUCCUCCCAUGAGGCCCCUCAGGGCAGAGCUGGGCCCCUCCCAGGCGCCCUUGCCCUCCCAACUGCUGCCCCAUAGGGUGUACCCGGGGGGGGGGGGGGGGGUCCUGCAUCCAGGGUGGGCCUCCGCCCCUCCCAGUGCCCAAGCUGAGCCUCCGUGUGGCGCACCUCCUGCCCAAGUGGCACCUUGUGUCCGGGGGUGUGUUAGUGCACAGCCCCCCCUCCAGGCCUCCCCAUUUCCCACCCUGCUCCUCAGAGACUGAAAUUACGGGUACCUGAAGGCGGGAGCCUUUAACUUCUAUCUGAAAGGUUUAUUCCAGAAAUGAGUGUACAUUUAUAUAAAUAGAUACUGUGUGUAUGAUAUACACAUACAUAUAUAUAUAAAUAUCUAUAUGGAAGAAGAAAGGCUGGUACAACUGAGGCACGGGACCCUGAGGGUGCAGGAGACAGGGGGUGGGUGCCCUGGUUGCGGGGAGGACCCCUGGGGAACUCACUGAGACCAACGCAAAAGCCAGCAGAGGAUAGAGGGGCUUUUCCGGCACCACAGUUUUGUUUUAAAAAUUGUACCUGGACCUGUAUAUUUGUAAAGCUAUUUAUGGACCCCCAGAACUCGCAUCCCUACCCCAUUCCUUCCCCGCUCGUAGUGUUUAGCCAGCCGUGUGGCAGAGGUUUGUUUUAACUUAUUAACAGCCGAGAAGGUUUAUCCUGAGAAAGUGUGGCGGCGCUGGGUGCGCCCAGCCCACACCCCGAGGCCAGAGCAGCAGCCCCCUCGCACCCUGAAGGGUCGUUAAUAGUUUGAGGUGAUUCCAGUGAAGAUAUUUUAUUUCCUUUGGCCUUCUUUUGCAGGGGAAUUAGAUUUCUAUGGGAUUUUUCUUUAGGAGAUUUAUUUUUUUGGACUUCAAAGCCAGCUGGUAUUUUCGUACAAGUUCUAAUUGCCAUGCGUUCAGGGCGGGGAGGCAGUUUCCAGUGGGGGCCAGUCCUGCAUGCAGGUUCAGAUGUUAUUAGAUGUUACAAGUUUAUAUAUAUCUAUAUAUAUAAUUUAUUGAGUUUUUACAAGAUGUAUUUGCUGUAGAUUUAACACUUCUUACGCAAUGCUUCUACACUUUUAUAGCCUGGACUGCUACCUUUAAAGCUUGGGAGAGAAAGCUGAGAAUUCAUUUUUGUUACUUUUCAUACUGUUAAUGGCCCCCCUACCAAGUUCGGAUGGCUGUCCUCUGCUUGUCAGCUGGCCGGCCAGGCAGUGGCUUGGGGCAGUCUCUGUUCUCAGGGCCCCCAGCCUUGUGGGGGCCAAAGGUGUUGGCCCAAACCAGGAGUGUGCUUUCCAAAAAAUAAACAGGGACAACUGGCUCAGA